AGUAGGUCUUUGGAAAUGGGGCGUCUAACGGCUUUAGGAAUAUUAGGCUUAAUCGCAUCAACCCUAGCCGCGCCAGCACCACAGCUGUGUCUAAACCUACCACCAUGCUUCCUCCCUCCACCAUGCCCUGAACCUAUCCCACCCUGCCCCUGCCCUGAACCUAUCCCACCCUGUCCUUGUCCGGAACCGAUCCCACCCUGUCCUGAACCGAUCCCACCCUGCCCACAGCCGGAGCCAUGUCCCGAGCCUAUCCCACCGUGUGUGCAGCCAACGCCCUGCGGUGACGGCCCAGUAAGGGUAGAAGUGAAACAAAACGGUAUAUCCGAACGGCUGCGUAGUUUAGGUUUCCAAGUAGUCCCCGUUCCCGGUGGUACGUUCUACGUGCGUUCAUCCCCAGAUCUCGUGGUGACACCACCACCGAUCCUCGUGCGACCACAGCCCUUGAAACCCAUAACCCCACCCGCGAUUACCGUCCAACCACAGCAAUUAGCGCCAAUCACACCACCUCCCAUAGUUGUUAGGCCACCAUGUCUAGCGCCAAUCAAACCGCCAUCUAUUUGCGUCAGACCUCCACCACUAGCGCCAAUUCAACCGCCAACUAUCGUAGUUAGACCGCCACGUCCUGGCCCAAUACAGCCACCGCCAAUCACCAUUCGCCAGCCUGCUUUGCCACCAAUCACGCCAUCACCGAUUGUAGUACGCCCGCCAGCACCAUCUACGAUCCAACCUCCUACAAUUAUCUUUAGAACAUCCUUGAUUGGAGGCGGUAGUUCAGGAAAUUCUGGCUCCAGUUCUGGCUCCAGUGCUGGAUCCAGUGCGUCCAGUAGUUCAGCUUCAAGCUCCAGCUACAACUACAACGGAGGUAAUGGGUACAAUCUAUACAAUCCAUGCGACCCCUGCAAUCCGUGUCCACCCCCGUGCUAUGAUCCUUGCUACGACCCGUGCCCCCCUCCUUGUCCCCCUCCAUGCCCCCCACCAUGUCCCCCUCCUUGCCCGUGCCCAUGCGAAUAUUAAACCGCCAUAACUUGACAGAUAAAAUUUUAUAAUCUAGGGUACAUCGGUAUACUUCAGAAUAACUACGUAAAAUAUUUUUUAACAUCUAUUUUACAAUUUAGUAAUUAUAAUAAUUACUUAAUUGUUAUAAAUAGUAGUAGAAGUGUACAGAUAAACAUUUCCCGCUAUUUUAUCUGUCAAAGUCAAACGGUGACAGAUCUCAAAAAAAAAAACAUGGCGAAGUAAAUGGAUUAUUGAAUUAUAUUAAUUUAAAUGCCCGUUAUUUGUUUCGAUUGUGUGAAUGUUUACAAAUGUAGCUUUACUUUAUUUAUAUGUGUAUAGAAUAAAAUAUGCAGAAUAAAAA